CCUUCACGUCUUGACGCACUCAGUGAGAGAGAGAGGUUAAAGUUGAAGGGGUCAUAUGGAGUCGUUGUCGUCAGUGGCACCUUCGAUCGUGCUCCCUCCGAAUAAUUCCCUCCGACGGCACAGCCGAAGGCGAAUUGUUGUCUCCUCUUCUUCUCCCCAAAAUAGUAGCCGUCUUCCAUCUCUCUGUUCAUUCUUGAGCCUUCCGUUGGCUCCGUAUCCCUCCAGAAGGAGGAUUAGGGAAACCACCUGCGGGUCGCACGGCAGCGGUGGGGAAGCAGCAGAGGCUGGAGAUGGUGAGGACGACGAAUUAGGUAGGGCUCUUCACCUGGACGGUUCAAUCCCCGGGACUUCCGACGAGUUCGUGAAGCAGGUCUCUUCCCGCGCUUAUGACAUGCGUCGACAGCUUCAGCAGACUUUCGAUAGUAGUAGCUACGACGUGUUGGAGGCGAACCCAUGGAGAGAAGCUUCAAAGCCUGUCUAUGUGCUGACCCACAAGGAAAACCAGUUAUGCACCAUGAAAACAAGGAGAAAUCGCAGUGAAGUUGAAAGGGAGCUUGGGCUUUUGUUUUCUAAAGGUAAAAAAUGGAGAUCUGAAAUUGGAAACAAGGGUAAGCAGUCAAGAACUGGCAAUAAGUUCCAGAUGCUUGUAGAGGAUGUCAGGGAAGGAGUACUUGUAUUUGAAGAUGAGAAUGACGCAGCUAGAUACUGCGACCUACUUGAGGGAGGAGGUCAAGGUUGUGAGGGUGUUGCAGAGAUUGAGGCAUCAUCGGUCUUUGAUAUUUGCCGGAAGAUGAGAGGUCUUGCAGUUCUAUUCCGGCGUGGAAGAACACACCCUUUACCCGAAAGCCUUGAGCUUAACCUCAAAGCCCGUAAGCGUUCUCUGGAAGAUCAAGAAGACUAGAUAUGACUUUCCGAUGCAUGAGUGAAGGGCAAUAUAUAUUCACCAUUUUCAAAGCUUAAGGUCAUAUAUGCCUAGUAGCUGUACUGAAAAUCAUGUACUAACCGUUCAUAUCACGUUGAUCGGUGUUAUGUGAUGGAGAAAUUUGGAAGGGGCGUGCAUACUUUGAUAACUUGCAUUGUAAAAUGACUCUAGUUAUUUGAAUGAAGUUGCCCUACAUUUAGCC